AUGAAUCAACAGAUAAUGAAUUUAUUCCUAUUCCUUCUCGUCCUCGCUGGAGACAAGAGAUUGAAUUACCCGAAUAUGCUGCUACAAAUGUCCAAUAGGUAUUUGGCGAUGGUGAGAUCACGUGAGGUACAUAAGGAUUUUGUGAAUUGGGGUGAUGGAGUUCUUUCCAACCAAGAUCCGUCGGAAAUGAUGAAGCCGCUCAUUUACGACGAGUUGACAUCCGUCGUAUACGCAGAAUAUCGCAUCGCUAAAAACUACGCUGUUUCUUCUCGGAUUCUCUCCGAUAUCUCACUUCACCUCUCCCCUACCUUUUCCCCAAAACGCUUCCUUGACAUCGGUAGUGGCUGUGGCGCUUCGACGCUGUACCCUCUUUCUCUCUUCCUUCCACCUUUCAGUUCCGUCCUCAACCGCUUCCCUACCCUCCAGCACAUCGUUCUCGUGGAUAGCAGCGAAUACAUGCUCGCCCAAUCCACUUCCCUUCUAAACGCACGUCGAUCUUCGCUUUCUUCGCCUCUCCCCUCCAUCACGACCUACCCCUCGCUGCUCUCCGUCCUCGAAGAGAAAGAACCCGACUUCGAUCUCAUCUGCAUCGACCGUUUUCUCAGCGAACUUCCAUCGAACAAGGCGCGAAUCUCCGCCAUCGCCAUCGCUUGGGGUAUUUUCCUCCUCUUCUCUCCCUCAUCUCGCAGAGCUUCUUCGCCCUGGCGGCACGCUCCUCAUCUCCGAAGCGGGCACGCGAUGGGGCUUUCAUUUGGUGCGGUGCGCGCGGUCGCUGGUUCUGCGGAUGGAGGCGGAAUCGAAGCGAGCGGCGGUGGUGGCGCCGUGUCCGCACGAUGCGGAGUGUCCGCUGAAAGACAAUCGGAAGAACUGGUGUCGGUUCGCGCAGCAGUGCGAGCCGGGGCCGACGGCGGAGUUUAA